UCGGGUUGGGUUAACGGAAGAGCUCUCUACUUCCGGAAAGGAUUGUGUUUCGCGCAUUGAUAAAAAAAAUUCACCUUCCUGGUUCUAAAGCUACCUUGUCAGGAAACUGAAGUGUACCUUCUGAAGCAGAAUACAGAGGCUGUGAGUGGGUCAUCAGGCAGUAUCCCUAUGUCAGGCCGAAACGGGUCUGCAAGUGAUGCAGACUGCCGGAUCUCUGAGGACUGUAAUGUCCCAGAUGUUGAGCUGAUGGAGCUGGGGCCGCUGCUGGAGGAGGUAGGGGGGCGACAGGCAGCAUCUAAAGGCGUCCUUUCAGAGGGAGCCGCAAUGCUUGCUGACGAGGAAGAGGAGGAUGAUGAGGUGGGAGAGGUCCUGACCUUACCCCUUCAGGCUCACCACGCCAUGGAGAAGAUGGAGGAGUUUGUACACAAGGUUUGGGAGGGGCGCUGGAGGGUCAUCCCUUUCCAUGUCCUGCCAGAGUGGCUGAAGGACAACGACUACCUUCUGCAUGGACAUCGGCCCCCUAUGCCCUCCUUCAGGGCCUGUUUUGGGAGCAUCUUCAGAAUUCACACUGAGACAGGAAACAUCUGGACUCACCUGUUAGGGCUGAUCUUAUUCAUCUGUCUGGGCACGUUAACCCUGCUGCGGCCCAACAUGUAUUUUAUGGCCCCGCUGCAAGAGAAAGUGGUGUUUGGGAUGUUCUUCCUGGGAGCUGUCCUCUGCCUCAGCUUCUCCUGGCUUUUUCAUACAGUCUACUGCCACUCGGAGAAAGUGUCUCGCACCUUCUCCAAGCUUGACUACUCGGGCAUUGCCCUCCUGAUCAUGGGCUCCUUCGUGCCCUGGCUCUACUACUCCUUCUAUUGUUCUCCUCAGCCUCGACUUAUCUACCUCACCAUUGUAUGUGUCCUCGGCAUUGCAGCAAUCAUAGUUGCACAGUGGGACCGGUUCUCUACACCUCGUCACAGACCUACACGAGCAGGUGUGUUCAUGGGUCUUGGGCUAAGCGGCAUUGUCCCCACCAUGCACUUCACCAUCGAGGAGGGCUUUGUUAAGGCCACCACAGUCGGCCAGAUGGGUUGGUUCUACCUGAUGGGUGCCAUGUAUAUCACUGGGGCUGGUCUGUAUGCAGCCAGGAUCCCUGAACGCUAUUUUCCUGGAAAGUGUGACAUCUGGUUCCACUCUCAUCAGAUUUUUCAUGUUCUGGUUGUGGCAGCAGCAUUCGUCCAUUUCUACGGGGUUUCCAACCUGCAGGAGUUCCGCUACGGCCUCGAGGGGGGGUGUACAGAUGACACUCUACUCUGAGAGGCCUGACUGUGACUUACUCAUACUUUUCUUUAUAGUCACACACACACACACACACCACACCACACACUCAAACAAUCAAUCACUUAAAAUGCUGCUGGAAUUCAAUAUAGUCACUUAUUGCUCCUUCUGUACUUCUGAUUUGCUAACAUCUUGUUUGGGUUUUGGUGGUCUUUCUGUUCGGCUCUUUUUUGCUCCAAUAAAGUAGCAUUAACUAGCCAUUGAACUACGGAGGGAAUCUUCAACUGGCACUACUUCUACAAUACGUAUUAAAUUUGAAGUCUACAUUUUCAAGUAAGGUCAAAAUGGGAUUUUAACCAAAAUCGUAUAUUCCUGUAUCUGAUGGUCACUUCUUUGAAGCUCACUAGUACCCCAACCUCCUUGUACUCUGUUACCAUUGCACCAAGGGCACAGAGAGUAUUAUUUGUGCUGUAGCAAAGGGCACAUACUGUAAACCAGUCCCAUCCUGCCUCCCGGUCUCAUGCAGGUUAGAGGAUGAAUGUACUGUCCACCAGGAGUGAGGUGUAGAGCAGUCCAGGACCAUUUAGGUGGUUGAGGGCCUGCACAAACACCAGCUGUUUUCUAACUGUGCUGACGCUGAUUGUGCGGCUGUGUGUUAAAACCUGGAGGACCACUGCGAAGCCACCCAUGCCCACUCUGCAAUAAAACAUGAACUCUACUCUUAAGGCCCAGUUAUUCAAUCUAAAAUCACAUUAGAAUGAAAUGAAAUACAAUUUUAUGAAAGGAACAUAGCACAUACAUCUUAUGAAUGUGAUCGAUAGAUGUGGUAAAACAAGGUGCAAUACUCAUCAGGAUUCUUAACAAAAUGAUCAAAAAUGAAGGGACUGGAUACUUAAACUAACUGAUAUUCUCAGUUUCUUUGAACUGAAUUUUGAAAUUAAGUUCCUCUGCAUUUGGAUGCAUUGUUUUGAAUUGACAAAAGUCCCAAACAAAUGAUUUUCAAAUGACAUAAUGGCAUAGAAAAUGUAGAAGUUAAGAGAGCUCCCCUGCUGUACUGCUUCAGUCAGACAACACAUCGUUGAUUCAUUUCCAGAGUAAUAGUUUCUGGGCGUUGCACAAUGUACAGAUCUGGAGAGGUCAAAUUGUGGUUUUGUCUGCUAGAGAUGUUUCUUUUGUUCUAGAUUUCAGAUGCAAUGAGAGGUGUAAAUAUCAAAUGCACCUUAGUGUAUACUAUUAAAUUCAAAACGUUAAAUCACUGUAUGGGAUUUAAAAUGUGUUAUGUAUGAUUGAUAUAAACUUUUAGUGUUCCUGUGCCUUAGGCCAAUGGAAAUGUUUUUAAAUAAAACGGCCUAUCUUAACAGUCGAGGGAGCUUCAUGGAUUUCCAGAUGUUGAUUUUUCUUGUUUUCCUUGCCAUAUAUACAAUCAAAUCUUUAUUGAACGUAAAACUCCAUGGAUAGGUUGUAUCAACUGCUGUUUAAGACUCCUUUUUCUAGAUCAACUUAUUCGAGCUUUAUUACAAAGACUAAAACAAUGUGUAUUCUCGACUUUGUGUAAUGUCCUGUGUAGAAAGUGAUAAAUCAUACAUUUCACUGAAAUGUAAACAUCAAUAUUUAUUAAUGGUAAUCUUGGAAAAUUAUUGGAAUAAAUUUUUUCCACAUGUACAAA